AAGGUGGGGAGGAGAAAUGGUCGUUAAAUUGUAUCAUGAAGAAAGUUUUCUUCGCAUAAGCAACCGAGACAAAGAAGUAGUAAGAUGCCUUCCUAUACGUUGUAUUAUUUCAACGGCCGAGGACGGGCGGAGGUCCUUCGAAUGCUGUUCUCCGCAGCAGGAGUUCAGUUUCAGGACAAACGGAUUGAGUUUUCGGAAUGGAGCCAUUACAAAAGCAAGGCACCGUGUCGCUGUUUGCCAUAUUUGGAAAUCGACAGUGCUACAAAAAUACCGGAAUCGAUGGCUAUAUCUCGAUAUCUUGCUAGAGAAUUCGGAUUCCACGGUAGGACGAACAUGGAUAUAUUCCGAGUGGAUUACAUCUGCGACUGUUUUUAUGAUAUCUUUCAUGAUUACAUGAGAUGGUUUCAUGAGAAACACGGACGAUUCAGAACUGGUUGUUGUCCUAGUCUCAGCUCUUGUAUCCAUCAUCAUGACCGAGAUAAUGACAUGAAACUUCGUUACAUUGAUACAUGUAGAAGAAUAUUACCGUUUCUUGAGAUGACAUUAGGAUCCUUCAAUGGAGGAAAGCAGUAUUUCAUGGGAGAACAGAUUAUGCUGUGUGAUAUGAUGUGUUACUGUUGUUUGGAAGGUCCAAUGCGAGACAACCCGUCGUUAAUGAACGGCUAUCCGAAUCUGAUGGCUCUCAGACAGAGAGUAUCCAGCCAUCCUAAAAUAUCCAUGUAUCUGAAGAAACGCAGCCACAGUGAUUGGUAAUGUUCACAGGGAAUCACAAUACAUACUUCUACAUACACCUUUGUCACCUUUCAUAUAUAUAUACAUAUAUAUAUAUAUAUAUACAUAAACACAUAUAUAUAUAUGUAUAUAUAUAUGUAUGUAUGUAUACAUAGGCAUACAAACUCACAAGCAAACAUACAUACGUGCAUGCAAACAUGUAUAAGCACACACACACGCACACACUCACAUAUGAAUGAGAAGCUGGUUUAUCUUUUACCGUGAAUCUGAGUUUCACGGCACCUAUUAUUAUAUUGAUUGAAUUAGGGCGCUAGUAAUAUAUAAUGGAAUAUUUUUUUCCCAAAACCUUCGAAAUAUGAUAUGCCAAAUAGAUAAAUAAACAGCAUAGUAAUUUAUUUAUUUAUUUAUUUAUUUAUUUUUUUAUUUAUUUAUUUAUUUAUAUAACCAUCUUUCUUUCUAUGGGAAAUCCUAUAUGCAGAAAAUAAUCUUUUUCUUUUUCUUCUUUUGCGAAGUAUUUGGAAAUUACACAUUAAAUACUGCUAGGUGGAAGUGCUGCAAUUCUUCAUUUUUUGAAUUCCUUAACACUUUUGCAAGCUUGCAAAAAAAAAAAAAAAAUUUCUCCGCAGAAAGACACGAACCAUAUAAAAAAUAUAUAAUUAUUAUUUACUAAUAAACAUAAAAAUACAUUAACAAUAAUCUGUACACCUAUAUGCAUAUGAUCUAUACGUAUAAUACCGAAGAUCUGAAAAGAAUCACAUGUUUCGCACGGGAAAAAGAUCAGUGCAUUGUGUUAUGUGCGUGACACCUAAAUACAUGAAUGUGUAACCUUUACUAAUGUCUUUUUCGGCAAAUAAUCAAAUCUUAAGGUAUUGGCAACUAGUCAUAUUUCUAAGUCUUUGCGAAUAUUUUGCUGACAUAUUGUCGCACUUUAGCUUAUAUAUUGUCUCAGGCGAUAACAAGUAAAUCAGUGUUACGGUUCAAGAACUUUCAGCUAAUAAAGUCUGCACAAAUUGUUAUGCAUUAAAUAUUUUUUCCUGUUUGUCAUCUCAAACAUUUUCCCAUAUGCAUGUGGUUUUAUACACGCAUACAUAUAUACAUACAUACAUACAUACAUACAUACAUACAUACAUACAUACAUACAUACAUACAUACAUACAUAUACAGUAGAAUGACACACGCACACACACAUAUUUGCAUGUCUGUUUUAUUACAAUAUCACUUUUACAAUCUCUAGUUUUUUAUACUCGUAUACAGAGAUCGGCUACGUUGAAAAGUAAGCUGGCAACAUGAUGUCGCCCUUUAUAUCUUAUCUUUGUGAAAACAUGCUUGCGUUCACUAGAGUAAUUUGCUUUUGUUCCCAAUACGAAAUAAAUGUAAUUCUAUAGAAUCAAUUUUUAAUCGGGUGUCUUUGUAAAAGAAAGUAUUGUUGAAAUUAGGAUACACAUGUGAAACAGUAUUAGAUUAAAUUAGCGAUGUGUAUCACAUGAAUAUUUUAUAAGCAAAAGGAGAACGGCGCUAGCUGUACUAUUUUGACAAAGGAAAACAUUUCUUGUAGAGAUUCGUGUGUUAAAAAACACACGGAACACUGAUAUUUUGUCGUUAGCGGAUCUUUAGACAUAUUUUCAACUUCAUUUGUUCUCGUCAGCUACAAACAAUCUGGUCAUGUCAGGUAAGCUGAACAAUAUUCGUUCAGAUAUAGAGUUCAAAAAAUAAAACAUUUAGUGAUUGGUAACAAAGCUGGCCGGGCUAAAAUAAAUUGAAUAUAUGAACUUGAAAAUUACAAGAGUUUAAGAUAACUAUGUACAUACUAUCUAUAAUAAUAUACAAAGAAUGUCGCAAGGUGUUUUAUUUUGUAUU